CCAUGAACAUCAUGCGCAAACAAUGUUGCCCAAGAGGCUCACAUUUUCCUCUUCAUCAUUCAGUUCUUGUUUUGUUUACCAACCGUUAACUUGUUCAGUUUCAAGAAGUUUUUUUUUCUUCUCCUCAUUACUUUGCCUUUAAAUUUGCAAUUCAACCUUUUUUUUAUUCCAAUCAAGUAAAAGCGUUUAAAAAUCUUGACUCGAAAGUUUCAGCAAACUCAUCACUUUGAAUAUCGAAAAGUUUGCAAAAAUAUUUUUCUACAAAUUUCAUGAAAAACUCAUUUUCUUUUUUCACCAACAAUUUACUCUUUUCUCGACUUUUGGACAAGUGAAAACAACAUGAAUCGUUCCAAUCAAAUUCUGAGUCCAGUAAAUGAACCAGGUUAUCGUUAUCCAACUCGACAUCGGAAUAGUUCACCUUCAGUUAAACCUCGUCAAUAUUUUCCUCGACGUUCAUGUGAUGGUCAUUUUGCCUUUCUAACUGCAUCCACUUCAGCAACCUCGACAUAUCCAAUUGUGGAUAACAAACCUGGCCUAACCAACACUUGCAAUGGUUCAAAUAGCAACCUAGAUUUCAUCACUUCCAUGGAUAACAGAACAGACAGUCCAACCUCUAGUUCCAAUAGUACUUCAUCAAUUAGUCCAAUUAGUCAAUCGAUCAUGUUAAAUGUCCACUCAUACCAUACACCUCAACCUCCAAUGCAUCAACAAAAUCAGUAUCAAUAUUCAUCCAAGGAUAAUCGCCAUUAUCAACUGAAAAACCAACAACCAAAUCAACAUCGUUCAUCGAUCGGCACACCUCAAGUCCAACGAACGCAACACUAUUUUCGUCCUCGUGUCAAUACACUGCCUGAUGCCUUGAAUGGUAUUGUGUUGAAUGUUCAAGAGCCAGACAGGCGAACACGAUCACGAAGUCAAAGUUACACCCCACCAACUGGCAACCAUUACAACAACAUGACUAAUGGUACUGUCAAUGGUGGUGGACGACGGUCACGGCGUAAAAGUCAGGAAAGGCUGUCUUAUAGUGAUGCCGAUAGUUGGACCAAUUAUCGUAAAACUUCAAUUGAUCCGAGAAAAUUUUCCAUCUCGGAAGUUAAUGACGACUGUUUACCUGAACGUGAUGCCAAAACAUAUCGAGUUUUGGUUCUUGGAGCAGACAAGGUGGGCAAGACAACCUUGUUACAUCAGUUGAUUCGCCAAGAAGAAAUGGAAAAGUUAAGUCGAAGGGAAAGAUCAAUUAAAAUGUUGAUCCCAAUUGAUAAUGUUGACAUUUCCAUCAUUUUUGAUAAUCAACCAUUCAAUGAUGACUUGCUGGAUGAUCGUAUUCACCAUGAAAAGAUUUUUUAUGAUUCAGUGAUUGUCAUCUAUUCAAUAACUGAUCGUCGUAGCUUUGAGAUUGCAGCUCAACUAUUGACUAUGGCCAUCUUUGAUUAUAAAAGAUUGAAUCCAGAUUUAAAGGUUUGUCUGAUUGGCAACAAAUCUGACCUUGUCCGAGCUCGAACCGUUGAUCCAAGUGAAGGCAAAUCCCUGGCUAAUCGGUUUGAGGUUGACUUUCACGAGGCUUCAAUUGAACUGGAAGACAAUUUGGAUCACAUUUUAUCCUGGAUUUCAAAUAAUGUACGAACUCGGUUUGGCUUUAUGCCAAUCAAUGAUUCAAAUCAUGGUAAAUUCCGUCGAGCUCUUAGCUUUGUGAAACGAGUCCUUCGUAAGCCUGAUUUAAAGCAUCGAUCAUGUGAUUCUAUUAAUGCCAUUUGAAAAGGGCGCUGAAAAGUGUUUUUCUUGUUCCUCAUUUUUUCAUUUAAUUUAUUAUUGACUUUGAAACCUUUUCUUAUUACCAAUUUACCUUUCUUAAUAUCAAUGCUAACUCUACAUCAUCUGACAGUUAACCAAAUUAUUAACCACUUUUAAACUCAUCUAACAUCAUCUACUUGGUUAGUUAAGUUUCAUGAAAACAGCUUUGCUUUGGUGCAUUUAUUUACUUCAAUCUUACCAUUUGAUAGUCAGCUUGAUCAAGUCCAAACAUCAAGCGAAACCUAACAAAGAAAGCUAAUAAAGCUUGUUUAUUUUUAAUUUACUUCUCAAUGCUAUCUAUUUAUUGAUUGGACAUUUGAAUCAAGGAAACCUACAAAACAACGGAAUUAACAUUUUAAUAGUCAUUUAAUGAGCCGAUAUUCAUUAAGUCAUCCAUUUGAUUGUGAUGGAAACUACUGAGUGUCCAGAUGAAGUAUCCUUACAUUGAGAGGCUUUGAUUACUCAGGAAAUGCUAGCAAAUUUAUUUUUAUACCCAAUCACAGAGAUAAUGUCAAGGUUGGCUUAAAAUACUUUUGAAAAUUUCAACUCUUCAGACCAGUUUCAAGAAAUACAAUUCAGUUUAAAAAGUUGAGGGAUCGAUGGAAUGAAUUUCAAGAUUCAUUUCUUUCCAAGGCAAGAAUAACUCAACUUGUUUCUCAGCAAUGGCAACAAAAAACACUCUGAUGACAUUAAAUGGAAAAUUUUUUCGUAACAUUCCAUUUUGGGAUUUUGUUGCGUUGCUUGGAACUGGUCUGAAGAGUUAAAAUUUUCAGUAUUUUAAACAAACCUUGACAUUAUCUCUGUAUUUGGUAUAAAAAGUAACUUACUGGGUUACUGGUAACCAUUACUGGGUAAUUAAAAGCUCAAUAUAAGGAUAUUUCCUCUGGACGUUAAAACAAUACCCAUGUUGUAAUAAACUUCAACUGAAUGGAAGUGUAAUUUGAUUGUAUCAAGUUAACUUCACCUGUAUCAAUUAAUCUUAUUUCUUAUUCCAGUUUAAUAAAAAGAACGCUUUUUUCAUCUUUAA